AAUGUUUUAUAUUACAAAAUGGACACGGCAACCAAAACGGUUGCAUGAGGCGCACGGUUCAAACACCUCUAAGAAUACACGAGGCAAAGAGGGUGGUAGACGGCCUGCGGAUAGGGAGCUAGGGGAAGAGAUUAAGCAAUUUGCCGAAGGCCUCACGGGAAACCAGGGGCACAGGUGCAUUAAAACCCAGCGUGGAUUUGAACGGCAAUGACUGCUCUAACGUGGGCCUGGCCUACCCCUCCGACGGUUCAACGCCGCAAGCAACAGAAUGAGCUUGUCCAAAAGGGAGGGCCGCGUACCCCCUGAAGCAGUCCUGCCUCCUCCCUUCCUCUACCUGCCCAGUCCUGCGGGCCCCGAGAAAGCAGGAGCGCCUCCAAAACAAGCCCCGUGCAUCCCGAGAGCGGAGCCAGGCAGUGUCAGGAAGGCAGCUGUCCUCUUGUGGGAGGCGUCUGCAAGUGUUCACCAGCAGCUCCAGGCUGGGAGGCGGGAGAAACCGAGCCAUGGAUCCGGCUUGCUUGUGACCACAGUCUGCUCCAGUGCACGAGGGGGAAGGACGGCACAGCAGCAGGCAGCGCCCCGGCAUCUGCCGCCCUUCACCUCCGCCCGGCGCCACUUGGGUUGUUCAUGGAGCUGCGAGUCCUGCUGCUCCUCGGACUUACAAUCACAUCCAGCGCAGGCUUCUCGCUGCCCGUGUCCCGCCCGUGGGGCGGCAGCGCCGAGCCCCGGCCGCCCGCCCCGCGGCCCCGGCACGGCGAGCGCGGCGAGGCCGGCCACGCGGCGGGGCUGCCGGCGGCCGGGGGCGGGGAGGCGCCGCGCCGCAGAGCCAAGCGCUGCACGUGCUACACCUACAAGGACAAGGAGUGCGUGUACUACUGCCACCUGGACAUCAUCUGGAUCAACACGCCCGAGAGGACGGUCCCAUAUGGGCUUUCUAACUACCGAGGCAGUUUUAGAGGGAAAAGGUCUACAAGCCACCUUCAAAGGAACUCGGAGUCUUCAGAAUGGUCUUCAUUUCGAUGUUCUUGUUUGGACACACAUGACAAACAGUGUCUGCGGUUUUGCACAAGAUCACAGGACACCAGAAGCAAUCAGGUGUCACUGAAAAGGACAUCAGAGGAAGAACAUCACAGAAGAAAGGAACAGACUCUCGUUAAAUAGCAGAGAGGAGCUGUGCAGUUUUUGAACAGAGCAACUUGGGACAUGUUUGCCUAUCCCCUGCUCCAUAGGUCACCAAGGCACAGAAAAUGGAACAAAUGUAUAGAGAAGAGGAUAGAAAGCAGAGUAACUAUGGUUUAUAUGCCAGAUGUGGAGAGUUAAACUGGACCUAGCAUCUGGUUUAAGAUAACUGUCUCCAGCUCUGUUCUCCAAUCCACUCCUGGCAUUGACACAUCACUUCAGAAAUGCAGUCUUGCUGCCAAUGUAGGCAGAGACUUUCAGUUCUGGUCUGGAAUGCAGCAUCUGUAAGAACCAAUGAUGUGCCAAAAAUAAAUUUCUUAUAUGAA